UACUUUGUUAGGUGGGUUAAACUACUCCUUAAUAUCGUAGUGACAUGGCGAUGAACAGUGCAGCUAAGGACGAGUGUAAUCUUAAAGAAAAAGCAGAUGAAGAUUCUUUGGAGACCGAAGUUAAAGAAAAACGAGUUCUCAGGUUUCGUAUGAAAAACGUCUUCACUGAGUCUCGAAAAGUCCAUCCCCUUGCAUCAAGCACCAGCUCAAUAAACGAGUCAUGUCAGUACACCGCCAGCUCCCGAAGACACAGGAUCUGGCUUACCACCAAGAUACUUGGAGUCUCGGCUCUAGCGAUACUGGGGCUCAUUACGUUUGUAGCAAUGGACCUAAAAGAGUCUCUAAAUUCGAUGGAGAUUGAGAAAAAGAUUCAGCGCGAUGUGGAGUUCAGUAUAAAAGUAGCUGAUUUGAUUCACUUGCUCCAAGUCGAGCGAGGAAUGACUGUUUUGAGUAUCAGCUCAAACCAAACUAAAAACGUCACCGAUAAAUUAAAGUUGAAACGACAGCUUACGGAUAAGGCCAUGGUUAACCUAGACAACUGGCUUGAAGGCCACAAUGAGCCGACCUUUGGAUCUAAAAUAACUUCUAAAACGAAAUUGGAAAUUGAAAUCCAUAGAAGAGCUAUAGGCUACGGCGAGAACUCUACAAUCAACGACGAAAUCUACUUCUACACGAAUAUCAUUGAGGAAUCGUUACAGAUCUUGUUUGAGAGUUUAAGAAACAACUUUCCUGAGAAUAUUAUGUUUGAUCUUCUUGGUUAUCAGAUGUUCCUUACUGCUAAAGACAUGACUGGGAUAGAAAGAGCACUAGGAGGAUCAUACUUUACAACUGGCCACUUCAACACAACAGAGAUGCUUUGGUUUGCUGAGAAACGUAUGAUUGGUGAAGCUUUCCUAAACAUGAGCUUGAAGUUGAUGCCAACGCUAAAAACUCUUUUUGAACAAGCUACCAGCGAAACUACGAACUUGAUAAAACGAUUACAGGUAGAAAGAUCAACCAUCUUACAAAACGACCAUCGAGCACCCAACACUACUGCCGGGAACGAAUGGUUCCAUCUGAUGUCCAAGUACAUUGAUAUGCUUCUUAAGAUACAAAAGUCUGCUGGAGAAGAAAUUAUAGGCGUACUAGAAAAAAGAGCGAACGACGAAGAAAAAAAUUCAAUUAUCCGCAGUGCUGUUUUAGUGCUUGUUCUCAUCCUGACGCCAUUACUCGUUCUAGCUGUCUCGCGUAUAACAAACACCAUCCAGAAAUACGCAGCGAAGCUUGAAGACAUCACACUGAAUCUGAAAGAAGAACAGAAACGAACAGACAACGUGUUGUCGGCCAUGUUUCCCAAGUCUGUAGCAGAGACCCUGAAGAGAGGAGAAAAGGUCAAUUCUGAAUACUUUGACAGUGUGACGGUGUUCUUCAGUGACAUCGUCAAUUUCACCAACAUCUGUGCAUGCAUAUCACCUAUCGAGGUUACAUCCAUGUUGAACAGUAUCUACAGCGCCUUCGACGACAAGAUCGAUAAGUAUGACGUGUACAAGGUGGAAACAAUAGGAGAUGCUUACAUGGUUGCAUCUGGUCUUCCUGUCAGAAACGGAGGUAAACACGUCGAUGAGAUCUGUCGUAUGGCACUGGACCUCGUCAAGGUAACGGAGACUUUUAAACUCGAUGAAGUCCCUGGUGAGACUCUCCUCAUCAGGGUUGGGAUACACACAGGUCCCUGCGUGUCUGGGAUUGUGGGUAACAAGAUGCCAAGAUACUGUCUGUUCGGGGACACCGUCAACACAGCCUCAAGAAUGCAAACGACUGGAGAACCCCAGAAAAUUCAUAUCAGCGAAGGUUCCCAGAAGGCUUUGCGGCCCUUCCGUCAUUAUGUACUGGAAUUCCGAGGGUUCGUAGAUGUUAAGGGCAAAGGCGAAAUGCAAACCUACUGGCUCCAUUAUAAUGAAUCUAUUUCUAUCGUCGAUUGUUGUAAAUAAUCCUCUAAUGUCUUAUAUUUUCUCCUGCAUCACAUGAAGGAACAGAGUUGUAAAUAUCAGUACCUGACAGUCUGAAGGUUUUCAAAAAGAAGCUUUUUAAGAUUUUUUCAUGAUCAUAUCACGAAUUUAUGAUGGUUUUUGGAAUUUUCGACCGAGUCCGGGGCGUUGUGGUCGCGCGCGCUGGUGUGGGCUUGGGUUGUUGGCGGAGCGAUCUGGCGUGAUUCCUAAUUCGUGAAUCACGCCAGGUCGCGCCGGGUCGUUUUUCCACGCCUUGGGCCACAUAUCGGCGCGCUCGCGGCCGAGUUCUCGAUUCGGUCAAUUAUUUUCACUUAUAUUUUAAUUUUUUCUUAUAUUUUUAUUUUUUAUUUUUAUUUUUUAUUUUUUAAGG